AAAAGCUUAGAAGAUAGGGGUGAUGCUGGCAUUGGAAUCCCGGGGUGCGGGCAGGGUCUGUGGAAGCAGCGGACGGGAGGCUUCUCCCUACGGCGAAGUUUGCUGGGGAAGUUUGGCAGGCAUAUGUGUGCGUUAUGUUGUCCCCGCUUCAUCCUGCACGACACGGGGGCAGAGCCGGCGUCCCCUGAGGUACCAAGUGAAAGCAUCCUGUGUGAAUCGGGCCUUAUGGGGGAAGGGAGGGCCUGUAGGCAUACCGCUCACCUCAGGAAGGACCUGAUCCAUAUCCUCGGCCUCCCAUCUCUGCAGCAGUCCGAUCAAUUGUGAUUAUUGCAAAGAAGAAAAUGUCGACGGAGUGCCUAAUGAAUCCAGAUUUCCUAAUCGAAUUCAUUGAAAUGUACCGGUCUCUUCCAUGCUUAUGGAAAGUGAAGUCCUCUGAUUAUUCCAACAGACAGAAAAAGACAGAAGCCUAUGAAAAACUACUCGGUCUUUGUAAGUCAGUUUGUCCCUCAGCGACCAUAGAACUUGUUAAACAUAAGAUUGCCAAUUUGCGAACAGUGUUCAAAAAGGAAUUAAAGAAAGUAGAGUCGUCAAUUCAGUCUGGCGCCUCUGGUGAUGAAGUGUAUAUACCACGGCUCUGGUACUUUGAUCUUCUGAAAUUUACUAUAGAUCAAGACACACAACCACAACCUCCACCUGUAUACCACUAUCCUGAAGCUUACGAUGUACGACAGGAGGAAGAAAACACAGAUGACAGCCUGGAAAGUGCUGGGGAAUGUACAAACUUCUCCCAGGUAAUUAUUACAAAGAAGAAAAUGUCUGCAGAGAUAUUUAUGAACCCUGAUUUCUUAAAAGAAUUUAUUGAAAUGUACCGAUCUUUUCCUUGCUUGUGGAAGGUGAAAUGCGCUGAUUAUUCCAACAGACAAAAAAAAGCUGAAGCAUAUGAAAAAUUGGUAAAACUUUGUAAGACUGUUUGUCCCUCAGCGACUGUAGAUCUUAUUAAACAUAAGAUUGCUAAUUUGAGAACUGUUUUCAAAAAAGAAUUAAAGAAAGUGGAAUCUUCAAGAAAAUCUGGUGCAUCCGGUGAUGACGUGUACAUACCACGCUUGUGGUACUUUGAUCUUCUGAAAUUUACAAUUGAUCAGGAGGAGCAUACACAAUCUAUAUCCAACUAUCCUGAGACAUAUGAUGUACGUCAAGAGGAAGAAAACACAGAUGACAGCCUAGAGAGUGCUGCGGAAAAUACAAACAUAGCCAAGGUCUGUAUUCGUACUCCAUCCCAAGAAGUCAUUGAAAUUCAACAACACCAACAGAAGCAGCAGCCACCACCCAUUCCUAUGCCAAGCCAGAAAAAACGGAAACCCGUCAGUGAUGACCUAAGUCGACAGCUGCUCUCUGAAGCCGCAGCGGUUUUAAACCAAAAAGAAGAUGAAUUUGAUGCAUUUGGUGUCACGGUUGCUGCAAAGCUGCGAAAAAUGGAUGAUAAGCAAAGGCUGUUAUCAGAGGUUCUUAUAACUGAUAUUUUGUUCAAAGGGAUGAUGAAGAAACUCACGGAAGAAUCUAGCAUUUCCCUGUUUCAGAUGCCACACUAUGCUUGUCAACCACCAAGUUGUUCUAACUCUAUUGACUAUAAUAUUCAACACGCUCAGGCAAUGACUCCCCCACGCCAAGAUUAUGUUUCCAUUAAUCAUGAAUAUAGCUGUAGUCCUACGCGGAUAAGGGUGAAUCCAUCUUUUUGUAUGUCUCCACUACCUAAUUCACAUGUUAUAGAACCUUCCCAGUACAAAGAAGAACAUUUAUAGCCAUUGCACAUUUGUAACAGUAUGACAUUUAACGCUUUUUAGUGUUUUUAUUGGGACACUACAAUUAAAGUCGUUCCUUAUUAGGACAUUAA